AUCAACUAUUAAACUUGUUAUAUAUCUCAUCUUAAUAUCGGUGUCUAAUCAAUGCCCCAUCUGAAUUCCCAACGCAAUAACACAAACAUGAUUCUCCACUCAGCUUUCCUUCAAAGCCUCUUAACAGUUGAGUAUUGGCAAAACCAAAUCACACCCAUCCUUCUAGCAUUCUUCCUCAUUUCCGCCCUCACUUCCUACGCAUGGCUCAAGCCCAAGGCCCAAACCCUGCCACCGGGUCCACCGGGCCUCCCUAUCUUCGGGAACCUUCUAUCCUUGGACCCACAACUCCACACUUACUUCGCCGCCCUGGCCCAGAUCCACGGCCCAAUCUUCAAGCUCCAACUCGGGAGCAAGCUCGGCAUCGUCUUGACUUCACCGCCCAUGGCCCGCGAGGUGCUCAAAGACCACGACACCGUUUUCGCCAACCGCGACGUCCCCGCCGCCGGGAGGGCCGCCAGCUACGGCGGGNCCGACAUAGUGUGGAGCCCGUACGGAGCCGAGUGGCGGAUGCUGCGGAAAGUGUGCGUGCUGAAGAUGCUGAGCAACACCACCCUGGAUUCCGUGUACGAUCUCCGCCGCAAGGAGAUGCGCAAAACGGUGGCGUAUCUGUACGAGCGAGCGGGGAGCGCGGUGAACGUGGGGGAGCAGGGGUUUCUGACGGUGAUGAACGUGAUAACGAAUAUGAUGUGGGGUGGGGCGGUGGAAGGGGCGGAGAGAGAAAGCUUGGGGGCGGAGUUCAGGGAGUUGGUGGCGGAGAUGACGCAGCUUUUGGGGAAGCCCAACGUCUCGGACUUUUUUCCCGGGUUGGCCCGCUUCGAUUUGCAAGGUGUGGAGAAACAGAUGCAUGCGCUGGUGCCCCGCUUCGAUGAGAUAUUCGAAAGAAUGAUCGGUCAACGGUUGACUAUUGAAUGCGAAGAUAGGAAGGACUUUUUGCAGUUUUUGUUGAAGUUGAAGGAGGACGGAUAUGGUGCUGAUUCCAAGACCCCAUUCACCAUCACCCACGUCAAAGCCCUGCUUAUGGAUAUGGUUAUCGGUGGGACCGACACUUCUUCCAACACGAUUGAGUUUGCCAUGGCAGAAAUAUUGCAUAAGCCAGAAGUCAUGGAGAAAAUCCAAGAGGAAUUGACAAUUGUGGUUGGGAAAGAUAACAUGGUAGAAGAAUCUCACAUUCAUAACUUGUCUUACUUGCAAGCGGUGAUGAAAGAAACUCUUCGAUUGCAUCCUACACUUCCACUUCUAGUCCCUCAUUGUCCUAGUCAAACUAUCACUGUGGCAGGCUACACAAUUCCAAAGGGAUCUCGCGUGUUUGUGAAUGCAUGGGCUAUUCAUAGAGACCCUUCACUUUGGGAGAAACCAUUGGAGUUUGAUCCUACAAGAUUCUUGGAUACAAAAUGGGAUUUCAGUGGCAAGGACUUCAAUUAUUUUCCCUUUGGAUCUGGAAGAAGAAUUUGUGCAGGAAUACCAAUGGCUGAAAGGACUGUUUUGUAUUUUAUUGCCACACUUCUACACUUAUUUGAUUGGACAAUACCCCAAAAUGAAAAGUUGGACUUGUCCGAAAAAUUUGGUAUUGUUCUAAAAAAGAAAACACCAUUAGUUGCGAUUCCCACCCCACGGAUCUCCAUUCCUGAAUUUUAUAAAUAAAGUCAUAUA